AUGGAGAAGCACUUGACAUUUCGGCGGGCCUUGGAAGUAGCUCGAUGGGAUGAAUUCUAUACCGAUUCCAGAAUUAGCUGUUGGGGAGAGCGCUUUCCUGUCCACAAGCUCGCACUUUCUGUGGCGCCUCCUGUUUUCAAAGCUGCAUUGACGAACCCCUCGCCGAAGCCGAGCACAAUCAUCGAGAUGGACGACUUCUCACCGCCUGUCGUGCAAGCCAUGAUUGACCACAUCUACCUGGGACAGUACAACGAGAGAGCGGUCAACGAGCUGAUGGAGCUGUAUCCUUUACCCGCAGGACGCCUCUCUCUGCAUUUGGGCCUGUUUGCCGUCGGCAACAGAUACCAACUCGAGGGCCUGAAACACGAAGCUACGCAAAAGUACCUCUCGGCCAUCAGGGAAAAGAAGAUGAGCGACAAGGCCGUCAUCGCUACAAUCAGAGAGGUGUACGACGAAAAGACCGCGGCUGGGCCCUUGUUCAAAGGCACAGUGGUGAACCUGAUCCGGGGCGCUCCAGGUCCCAAGACCAGUCUGCUGGAUGAUGCGUCCCCGCUCAGGAGUCUGUUGGAAGACUGCCACGAGCUCGCUCGAGACUUGGCCAUAUCCUUUCUCGAGAGACCCGUCACGGGGCAGUGCCAAGGGACCCCUCAUAAAGGCAGUUGCAAAGACGGUCCGGUCGACGGAAGAAUUUGCAGCUUGUGCGGAGGGGGGGUUGCCGAAGCAGCCAUCUCGGACAUUCACAGGGGGACGGCGAAUGGACACGCGUAA